AAAAAGAUUUUUAUAGAUUUUAAAAUCAAGAAAGAGCAAGAGACCUCUUUGCUAUUUAAAGUCUCAAACCCCAACAUUACUAUCCAUAUCCAUAUUCCUACCAAUUUAUGCAAUUAUGAAGAAUGCUUUCACCUCUUUUCUUUUGUUGCUUCAGUACUAUGUUAUAAGUAGUUCAGCCAUGACCCAAUUUAAUAUCUCCACUGAUCAAUUAGCUCUUCUUUCCUUGAAAUCUAAAAUCAUUUCGGAUCCCUUUCACUUGUUGGAAGAAAGUUGGUCUCCAGCUAUGUCUGUUUGUCAUUGGGUUGGAGUCACUUGUGGUUCCGGUCACCUCAGAGUGAAAUUCAUGAAUCUUUCCAACAUGGCUCUUACGGGUGUAAUACCUCGUGAACUUGGGAACCUCACAUUUCUUGUUUCUCUUGACUUGGGAGGCAACAAUUUCUAUGGAAAUUUGCCUCAAGAAAUGGCAUCCGUACGUCGGCUUAGGUUUCUUGAUUUGAGUUUCAACAACUUUAGCGGGGAGGUUCCUUCUUGGUUUGGAUUUCUACACCAACUUCAAGUUCUAAAUCUUAGGAAUAAUAGCUUCACCGGUUCCAUCCCUUCUUCAUUUUCUAAUAUUUCCAAACUUGAGAUUUUGAAUCUGAAAUUCAAUUCCAUAGAAGGACAAAUACCAAAAGUGAUUGGAAAUCUUAUAAACCUUAGAGAAUUAAACUUGCGGGCUAACAAGCUCAUAGGUUUUAUUCCUCCGUCACUCUCAAAUUCCUCGAGGUUAGAGACUUUGGAGAUGUCUUAUAAUUCACUUCAAGGAAACAUCCCAGAAGGAAUGGGCAAUCUUCACAGCAUGAAACUUCUAUCAAUACAAGAUAAUCAACUUACGGGUUCUAUACCUUUCACGAUUUUCAAUAUUUCGAAAAUUGAAUUCAUUGCAUUUUCAAACAAUAGCUUAUCAGGAUAUCUUCCCAAUGGUUUAUGCAAUGGUCUUACAAUACUCAAAGGGCUUUAUCUAUCCAAAAACAAUCUUCGCGGUCAUAUGCCUACAAGCUUAUCAAAUUGUUCUCAACUUCAAAUUUUGUCUUUAUCACAAAAUGAGUUUGACGGACCAAUACAUAGUGAAAUUGGAAGAUUGAGUAACUUGCAGAUAUUAGAAUUCGGAAUUAACCAUUUCACUGGGAUAAUUCCACAAGAAAUUGGAGAUCUUGUUAAUUUGGUAGAGUUAAUCAUGGAGAAAAAUCAGAUUAGUGGCUCUAUCCCGAUCUCCACAUUCAAUAUCUCAUCGCUGCAAAUUUUGUCAGUGUGGGAGAACAAUUUUAGUGGAUUCUUACCGCGGGAGAUUGGCAACUUAACCAACAUGCAGCAUUUACGGCUUAGUGGAAAUAAGCUUAUAGGUGAAAUACCUAAAGAGAUAAGCAAUCUCGUUGAGUUGGAGGAACUUGAUCUUUCGACUAAUAGUUUUAGUGGUUAUCUUGAUAUGGAGAUGUUCAACAUAUCAAGACUGAGAAUAAUUAAUCUUUCAUUCAACAAUCUAUCAGGAAGCCUCCCACCUAACAUAUGUUGUAUCUUACCCAACAUUGAAAGACUCAUUCUGGGGGGCAUAACCAAUCUUGUUGGGACUAUUCCUCAUUCCAUCUCCAAUUGUUCCAAACUUACUAUUCUAGGUCUUUCAGGCAACAAACUCAGUGGUUUGGUUCCCAAUUCUCUUGGACAUUUGACUCAUUUACAGUACCUAGACUUGGAGAGAAACAAUUUAACAAGUGAUUCCUCUUUAAGCUUUUUGACUUCCUUAACCAAUUGUAGAAAUUUAAUAUUUCUAUCUCUAUAUUUGAACCCUCUUAAUGGAAUUCUUCCUGCCUCCAUGGGGAACCUUUCCACAUCUCUUUCAAAAGUUACCGCCAGCAGUUGUAAAAUCAAAGGGCGAAUUCCAAAUGAAAUUGGGAACUUAAGCAACUUAUUAUUCCUCCAUCUUUCUGGAAACAGCUUGGUUGGAUCGAUUCCCACAUCAAUUGGCAACUUGGAAAAUCUUCAGAGCUUUGACUUGAGUAACAACAAAUUGACAGGAUUUAUUAGAGAUAAUCUUUGUAAAUUGCAGCGUUUGGGUACCAUUUUCUUGGGUCAAAAUCAACUUUCAGGAUCUCUUCCAAAUUGUUUAGGGAAUGUUACUUCCCUUAGAGAGAUACACCUGGAUUCCAAUAAAUUGAGUUCCAAUAUACCAUCAAGCUUAUGGAAUCUUAAGGAUCUAAUGGUUCUUGACUUAUCGUCAAACAACAUGGUUGGCUCCUUACCUCCUGAAAUCGAAAAUUUAAAAGUUGUGACAGAGAUACAUCUGUCAAUGAAUCAAUUCUCAAAAGGAAUUCCUAGUGAAAUUGGAGAAUUGCAAAAUUUGGCGCAACUUUCUUUGAGACACAACAAGUUGCAAGGAUCAAUACCUGACUCAAUGAGCAACAUGGUAGGUUUGGAAUUCCUAGACCUUUCCCACAAUAAUAUAUCUGGAAUCAUUCCUACGUCUUUGGAGAAACUUCCAAAUCUAAAGUAUUUCAACGUUUCUUUCAACAAGUUGUAUGGUGAAAUACCUUCGCGGGGUCCUUUCAAGAGCCUCUCGAGCCAGUUUUUCAUCUACAAUGAAGCAUUGUGUGGUUCUUCAAGGUUUAGUGUCCCUUCAUGCCCCAUUUCAUCAAAGCACAAAUCAAAUAGGAAAAAAUUGCUAGUUAUAUUUCUUCUUCUUGGACUUGCACUUCUAUUUAUUCCUAUCACCUUUGUGUAUGUAUGGAUAAGGUAUAGAAAAGGUAAAAGAGCUCCUCCACAAGUAGAUUCAUUGUCUACCAUAGCAAGAGAAAGAAUUUCAUACUAUGAACUGCUCCAGGCAACUGAUGCACUUAGUGAGAGUAAUUUGAUUGGUUCUGGAAGUUUUGGCUCUGUGUACAAAGGUGCUCUCACAAGCGGGACUCCGAUUGCAGUUAAAGUGUUUAAUCUGAAAUUGGAAGCGGCAUUCAAGAGUUUUGAUACAGAAUGUGAAGUUUUGCGCGGCCUUCGUCAUAGGAAUCUCAUUAAAGUCAUCACUAGUUGUUCUAAUCUUGAUUUUAAGGCUUUAGUGCUCCAGUAUAUGCCUAAUGGGAGUCUUGAGAAGUAUUUGUAUUCACACAACUACUUCUUAGACAUCAUGCAGAGACUAAGCAUAAUGAUAGAUGUGGCAUGUGCAUUGGAAUAUCUCCACCAUGGUUGCUCGUUGCCGGUGAUUCACUGUAAUUUGAAGCCUAGUAAUAUCUUGCUCGAUGAGGAUAUGGUUGCUCACGUAAGCGACUUUGGUAUUUCAAAACUGCUUGGUGACGAUGAGAGUGAUUUAUACACUAAAACCUUAGCAACAUUGGGGUAUAUUGCACCGGAGUAUGGACUGGAUGGAUUGGUGUCAACCAAAUGUGAUGUCUAUAGUUACGGAAUCAUAUUGCUGGAAACGUUCACAAGGAGAAAGCCUAAUGAUUUUGAGGGAGAUCUUAGCUUGAAGCAAUGGGUGAGUUAUUCACUUCCAGAGGCAGUAAUGGACGUCGUAGAUGCCAACUUAGUAACACCAAUGAGUAAUUGCUUACAUAAGGAGCUAGUUGUUGUGGCAUCAAUCAUGAAACUGGCAUUAGAUUGUUGUGCUGAAUCUCCGGCAUUAAGGAGAAACAUGAAAGAUGUUGUAGGGAUGCUACAAAAGAUCAAGAUUCAACUUCUUGCAUGUUGCUGAAUCUGUUGUUUCAAAUCAUUUGUUUGUUGCAAACUUUUGCUUAAUUGUGGGAUUCCUGUAAAGAUGGCUUUUUAUUUUUUGUUUUAGCACUUGAUUUGUGCAUGAUUUUGUUGCAAUAAAUCUAAAUUGAUCUUGAGACACAAUGAAAAUCUCAAGGACAAGUAGGAGUGUGCCAUAUCCCAGUUUCUCCUUCUUCUCCAGUUAUGUUUGUCCCUAGCUGUCCAAAUUACCAACAAAAUGUCUUUAGCA